AUGGCGCGUGCUGGCUUUGGCAGCCAGCUACGGACCCUUCUCUGGAAAAACUACCUCCUCAAGCGACGUAGCUGGCGUGGCACCUUGGCUGAAAUCCUUGUGCCUCUCUUUCUCUUUGUUCUCAUGGCUUGGGUCCGCACCCGUGAAACAGUGACCCUCUACCCUGAUACUACAUAUAACACGCUGGCUUUGCCCUCCUCGGGCGCGCUGGCACUGGUUCAAUCCAUUCUUUGUGGUGGCAUUGCCAACUUUGACUCGCCAAAUGCCACCGGCAGUCCCUUGGAAGACGUGGCUGCCGUCCUUGACCGUUACCAGCUGACCCCAGAGGUGGUUCUGGGGGCCUUGGCCAACACGGCCCUCGAUGAGGCCGAUCUCAACCAAACUUUGCGCGAAGUGGGCUUGAUCAACACUUCCGUGGGCCUAGCAGAUCUGACGGACCUAUGGUUCGGCACGAAUGCGACUUACUGGGAUGGCUUGUACAAUCUCUCACAGUCUGCCUCUGGCAAUGAUACCCAAGCUGUCGUCAACGCCGUUUGUCGGCUCGUCAACGAUCCAGAUUUGGCUGCUCUGGUGGCCAACCUCACUCAGACCAACCUAACAGCCGUGGCUGAUGAUAUUCAGCUUCCCGGAUUUGAUUUGGGCGCCAUUCUGCGCAGCCCAGACCCCGCAGAAGAAUUCUUGCGUCAAUAUGUCACCACCAACAACUUUAUCAAUGUAACUGUUGUCGAUGUGCUGCAUGCCCUCAAUGGUACGCUCAACGGCACAAUCACCCCAGAAGAUGUCGCGAUUGUUCAAAAUCAACUCCGUGCCGACGCUGCAAAUCACAGCUCGCUGGCCGAGAUGCGCAGUAAUCUCCUCAUCGCCCUUGCGCGGGAGCCAGCGUUGGAGCGUGCCUUGGUUGCGGUGCUACUUGGGCUUGAAGACCCAGCCGAGCGACAGGCCGUUCUCGAUGCCUUGGCGCAAGCAUCUGGCACCAACAUCAGCACCUCUAUGGUCCCUGUCCUGCUCGAUGAGUUUGCCCGUCUCGAGGCAGAUCUUGGAGAUCUGUCGCGCAUCGAGGCUGCGCUCCAAGAUAUCGAAGCCUUGCCAACGAUUGAUCGGCUUUUGGACGAUUUGCAACGGAAUGGCAGCAACUUGGAUUGGUCAACGCUCUAUCAGCAAAUUGCAUGCCCCAAUACCGACGGUAUUGCGGUGGGUGGAUCCUUCAGUUUUCGUUCCCAAGGUUCGGGUUACGAACCCAAUGCUGCCACCAAUGAACCCCGCCCCACGAACGCCCCACGUGUUGCCGAGAGGACUCGUUCCUCGUCCAGCGGUGAACCAUCGAACCCAUCUCGACGCCGCCGGGCUUCUGAACCCACAAUGGCUCAUGACCGCGAAGACACCUCAAGCCAGGAUGUCGAAGACGAGGUUACGGUUGGGCUGGAUGCCAUGGCCAACAGCGAACAGCUUUUGGAGCUCUUCACUCAAGCGCAAGUCUAUUACGCGCCAGCCCGCGGCCAAGUCCUCGAGGUCAUCGGAUUGGCAAACGCCACACUUCAGCAGGCUGUUGCCGUUGUGGACUUGGUCGAGUGUGUGCUGGCCUCCAGGCUGGCAGCAAAUAUCACAGCCAGUCCUGCCAAUUUCACCUGGCUAGACAAUCUCACCAGCUCUGCCAACUCUUCAGCUCUUGCGGCUCUUCAGCUUGACGACUUUUGGGUUGGCUUCGACACCGAAGAGGAGCUUGUGGCUGCCGCCAUGGGUGACGACAAGCUUUUUACUGUCUUUGGCGGCGUUGUCUUUCACGAUGUGGAUGACACUGGUCGGCUUCCCAACAAUCUCUCGCUGUCCAUCCGAUUUCACCAGCUGAAAACACCGUCUACCGCUGAGCUGGCCCCGGCCUACACUUGGAACAACGCAGGCGACACCGCCAAUGCGCUCUAUUACUACCUUGGGUUUACCAUUAUACAGGACCUCAUGGAACGGGCUACUCUCGAGUUUUGGGCCGGUGAAAGCGUUGGCGAACCUGCUGUUUAUGCUCAAAUGAUGCCCGUCCCGGCCUACCGAGAUGACCUCUUUGCGUGGGGCAUCAGCCGCACCCUGCCCCUCUUCAUGGUGCUGUCCUGGAUUUACUUUGUGACCAUGCUGGCCAAAAACAUCGUGCACGAGAAAGAAACGAGGCUGAAGGAAUAUACGAAAAUGAUGGAUUUUGGAACUUACAUGCCGUACGUGUUCGUGUCAAUCCAAGAGGAGACGAUGACGGCAGGUACCAAGUGGGGGCUGUCACUCUUUUCCACCACUGCCUUUGGUAUGGGUGCUGCCUACAUUGCCCGAUAUGAGGAGAUUGGCGAAGGAUUGCAAUGGCAUAAUAUGGGCCAAGGAAUCGGAGCGUGCGACAACUUCACCUUCAGUAACGCCCUGAUCAUGAUGAUCUUUGAUUGCUUCCUCUAUGCGUUGCUGGUUUGGUACUUGGAGCAAGUCCUGACCCCGUAUGGUGUGGCGCAACCUUGGUAUUUUCCAUUUCAACGCAAGUACUGGACUGGCCUUGCGUGUUUCAGCUCGCGCCGUGCUUCGGCGGAAGGGCAAUCGUUGAUUGCCGGCAAAGGCUCGCCCGCUCUUCAGCAAAAUAACCCUGCUGGUCAUUUUCAAGCCGUGCCAGAUGGCCAGCAAGUUGGCAUACGCUUGGACAAGCUGACCAAAGUGUACAGGACGGGGGCGUGCUCAGAUCAGUCAGAACGUGUUGCCGUGGACCAGUUGAGCUUUGAAAUGGCCACCCCGGGUAUCACGGCCCUUUUGGGUCACAACGGCGCGGGCAAGACAACGACCAUGUCAAUCCUUACUGGUCUCUUCCCACCCACCUCGGGUACUGCAUAUAUUGAUGGUCUUGACGUGCGUACCCAGAUGGGUACCAUUCGUGAACACUUGGGUGUGUGCCCACAGUACAACGUUAUUUUUGAGACCUUAACGGUCGAAGAGAAUUUAAUAAUGGUAGCACGGCUGCGUUGCCUGUCACCUACUGCGACCCUGGAGGCUGUCGAUCGAUAUAUCAAUGACGUGCGACUGAACAGCAAGCGUUUCAGCUUGGCGGGCACACUAUCCGGAGGGCAAAAGCGCAAGCUGAGCGUGGCCAUGGCCUUUCUGUCAGGAUCAAACGUGGUUAUUCUUGAUGAACCAACGGCGGGUUGCGACGCGUCAGUUCGCCGUUCCAUGUGGGAUCUGCUACUGCGUUAUAAAAAGGAGCGCACCAUUCUGUUGUGUACGCAUCAUCUGGAUGAAGCAGACUUGCUGUCAGAUGCUAUCGCCAUUAUGGCGCAUGGUCGAUUACAGUGCUUGGGCACCUCCAUGUUUCUGAAGAAGGCGUACAACGCAACAUACCUCCUGUCGGCCGUUGUCGAUCGCACACUUCCCGAUGUUGUUCCUCGCAUCUCUCAAGUCAUCCGCAAACACGUGCCCAAGGCCGAGCUAGCCGAUGAUGUUGGUCAAGAGGUGGCUUUUCAUCUGCCAGUGGAUCAGGUCGCGGGCUUUGCACCUUUGUUUUGCAGCCUAGACGCACAGCGCGCAGAACUAGGCAUUGAAAGUUACGGCCUCUCCGCCACCACCCUGGAGGAUGUAUUUUUGCGUGUGGCUGAGGAUGCUGAAGAAUCCGAAGAGCGUACGACAAGGCCGGCAACUAUGGCUGCGGCAGUCAAGCCCGAGCGCAGCGAGACGGCUGCGCAGAGCGUCGACGCACGCCUCUCUUGGAGCAGUGGCAUGGACGCAUCCCUCGAGCAUUCUCUUCUUAGCCAGCACGAUGAUGAGGAAGCUGAACACGGCGCGCUAGUCCAGGAGGACGGUACUUAUACGGGCCGUCUCUUGCAAGGAUGGCCUCUGCGUGCGCAGCGCUUCAAAGCUGUGCUGCUCAAGCGCUGGCACAAUGUGCGACGUGAUUUCAAGGCCUUUCUAUCUCAGAUUGUCUUGCCUGCCAUUUUUAUUUGUGUUGGCAUGGCCGUGGCAACCUCCUUCCCCCCACCCAAGGACGGACCCCCCCUUGAGUUUGCGCCAGACAUUUUCAACGUACCUUGUCACGCUAGCUUGCGCGCUACUGAGACGCCUUAUGCGGAUCUGCAUGCUUCGCCUUCGCUGCUCUCCAGCACGCUCACGGCCAGUGUUUCGGUGGGAUUUGAUCCCGACUAUUUCAUUGAUGUUGGAGGGACCGAUGCGUUGCUUGUGGCCCAGCAAAACUUUUCAGCUUACAUCUUGGACACCUACGACGAGCUGCAGGCGACGCGCCGUGCGGCUCUGACGAUUGAAUCUACUGAGCAUCCAGUCGUUCAGCUGUCCAGUGCACUCUUGAGUGGUGCUUUCAAUAGCACGGUCAUGCGCGGUUGGUUUGAUAACCGGCAUUACCACAGCCUGCCAACUGCCGUACAUUUGGCCCACAAUGCAAUUUUGCACAGCACGCUCGGAAGUACACACAAUCUGCGCGUGUUCAAUCACCCUCUCAACUCGACUGCAGACGAGAAGACACAGGAAUAUCUCGAGUCUGGCACUGAUCUUACCGUGGCCAUCAACGUCAUCAUGGCUCUAUCCUUUGUUCCAGCCAGCUUUGUCGUUUUUUUGAUUUCUGAGCGUGUGUCCAAGGCAAAACAUUUGCAGAUGGUCUCGGGGCUAGAUCUCCCCACCUACUGGGUUGCCAAUUUUACUUGGGACAUGCUCAACUAUACCCUGCCAGCGCUCGUGGCGCUGCUCAUCUUUGUCGCCUUUGAUCUCCCUGCAUACACUGGGCGUAACUUGGGAGCCGUCACGGCACUUUUGUUUCUAUACGGGUGGAGCAUCACGCCCAUCAUGUACCUCGGAAGCUUUCUGUUCAAAGUACCAUCGACAGGUUACGUCGUUCUCAUCUGCGUCAAUUUGUUCAUUGGGUUGACUGCCACCCUGGCCACCUUUAUUUUGGGACUUUUCCCGGACGAUCCUGGUCUGACAUCGGUCAACGACAGCUUGAAAUGGGUCUUUUUGAUAUUUCCCAACUACUGCCUGGGUCGCGGAAUGAUGGACUUGGCGGCCAACGAGUAUAUUGCACAGUUUUACGAGUACAGCAAAGAGUUUAUUGACAACGCGCCAUCGUAUCAGGACCCCUUUUCCAUGUCCUUGAUUGGACGGAACUGCAUGUUUAUGGUGUUGGAGGGCUUGAUCUUUCUCGUUCUGACUAUUGCCAUUGAGCACUGGCGCAUGCGUCAACGACUGCGCCAGUCGGAUAGCAGUGCCUCGACGCCCAGCAAUGAGCUGGAAAUGCUCAGCGUGGGCUUGGCAGGAGAAAUGACGGAUCCUAGUGAUCUCGGAGAUGAGGAUGUUCGUCGGGAGCAGGAGCGAGUGCGAGCGGGUGGCACAGAACUGGUGUCAGAAGCAGUGCUGGUAGCAGAUCGGCUCGUCAAGACCUACACGGGCAAGAACGGGACGACGCGAGCCGUGCGAGGCUUGAGCUUUGUGGUGCCCCGGGGCCAGUGCUUUGGCCUGCUAGGCACAAACGGCGCAGGCAAGACGACCACUUUUAAAAUGAUCACUGGAGACGUGGCCUGUACUUCAGGAAACGCCUUUGUGGCUGGCCAUUCCAUUCUCAAGGACAUGGCGGCGGAAGUGGAUGCGCUCAACGGGCUGCUGACGGGCCAGGAAACGUUGGAGAUGUAUUGUCGGCUGCGAGGCAUUCCCGAGUCCCAGCUGGGGGUGGUAGUCGAUUGGUCAAUUCGCAAGAUGCAGCUUCGUCGCUGGGCCAAACGCAUUGCACAAGUCUAUUCUGGUGGCAACAAACGCAAGCUAAGCAUCGCCAUUGCCCUAUUGGGCCAAAGCUCGCUGGUGUGCUUGGACGAGCCUUCUGCGGGCCUUGAUCCACGAGCCCGGCGGUUUCUGUGGACCCAGAUCAACGGCGUUGUGCGCGCGGGGCGUUCGGUCAUUCUGACCAGCCACGCCAUGGAUGAAUGUCAAGCGUUAUGCCAACGCCUUGGAAUCAUGGUUGAUGGGCAGUUUCGUUGUUUGGGCAGCCCGCAACAUCUCAAGAGCAAGUAUGGCAAUGGAUACACAUUGGCGAUCAAGGUUCAAGGGUUUCCACCCGAGGUCGGACCUGCCAAAAGUUUUGUAGCCCACCGAUUUCCCACCGCGGUACUCAAAGAGGCACACAAUGGAUUGUUGCGCUAUCAGCUGCCUACAGAGGGCUUGGUGCUGGCCACCAUUUUUACAGAACUUGAGGCACAACGCGAGGCCUUGAAUCUCGAGGAUUAUGCCAUCACACAAACGACUUUAGAGGACAUAUUCUGCAGCUUUGCAGACCUGGCAGAAGAUCGUCGCACUGCCCAGCCAGGGGACGAUCAGCCAAGCUCUUCGGCUCCUUGGCAGGCUCAGGAGGAACAUCGGUCUAGCCUCAUCCCUGCCACGGAUGAGGUUUUCGACGAACCAUCAACGGCUCUGGUCACUCCUGACAGUUUGGGUGGGGAUCAACCGCACGUUUCGGUGCUUGACGGUCUGGCAGCUGCCGAGGCAGCAGACUCGGAUCCAAGCGCCGUGGAUGCUGGUUAUCUAACCAUUUAUGGCGAGGAAAGUCACAGUCGCGUUUAAGCGCAGCUGCCCCCUUACCGCAUCCUGCUCAGGCUUCAGGGCCUCCUCUUACGACGGUGUACUAUUUUUGGCAUGUUUUGAGGGUUGAGUGAUGAAAUGGUAACUUGCGAUGAAGCCCAGGUCGUGGCACAGCCUCAUGCAUUGGCGACUGCCAAUCCAUCAUGACUAUUUUGAUAGAAUUCAUAAUAUAGCAUA